AUGGCCGCCAGCUGCUGGCAGCAGCAGCUCCUACAGCAGCAGCAGCAGCAGCAGCAGCAGCAAGAGCAGCUGGAGGUGGCGGACUUGUGCUGCUCCUUCACGCCCGAUGGCUGCCCGCUGCUGACUCUCAUCACCUCGAGAGGAGACCGCGUGACGCAGCACAGUACCAGGAGCAGCUGGCAGCAGCUAGUAUGCGUGGCGUACAUGGCCGCCAGCUGCUGGCAGCAGCAGCUCCUACAGCAGCAGCAGCAGCAGCAGCUGCAGCAAGAGCAGCUGGAGGUGGCGGACUUGUGCUGCUCCUUCACGCCCGAUGGCUGCCCGUUGCUGACUCUCAUCACCUCGAGAGGAGACCGCGUGGUGCUGCUAGUGGAUCGCCAUCAACGUGCUGCUGCUGCUGCUGCUCGCACAAAGGAGAGAGCUAUUCGCUGCGACUUGUUUCUGUUCUGCUCUCCCCAGAUGCGGCACAAUACCAGGAGCAGCUGGCAGCAGCUAGCAGCAGCAGCAGCAGCAGCAGAAACCUCGGGGCUCGUUCUCUGCUGCCUUUCCGUGACUUUCAGCAGCAGCAGCAGCAGCAACAACAAGCUGCUGUUACUGUGUGCAGCAAUGGCCUCUUUGUCUUUUCAGAGGGCAGCAGCAGCAUGCAGGAGCAGCAGCAGCAACAGGUUGCAGCAGCAGACAGACAGUCAGUGCUGCUGUCUCUUCGCGUUUCCUGGCCGUCGGAUGUCUCCUGCAGAGCAGCAACAGAAGCAGCAACCGAUGCAUCUGCACUGCUGCUGCCGGCUGGCGUUGCGCUCCCCGUUGCUGGCAGCAGCAGAAGACCGCCUCUUGUGGUGGCCGCUGCAGCAGCCGCAGCUCAGCAGCAGCAGCAGCAGCAGCUUGCGCCAGCUACUGGGGGGCUGCACCGAAGGCCUUCCGGAGUUCCUCUUUGCCCCCGCUUCAGCUGUUUCUGCAGCACCUGGAAAGGACGUUGCAGCAGCAGCAGCAGCAGCAGCAGACAGCAGCAGCAGACGUCUGUGGCUCUUUACGCCCACAGAGUUUCUACUAGUGGAGAUCUCGACCCGCAGCAGCAGCAGCAACAGCAGCAGCAGCAGUGUGUGCUGCAGCGUUGUGGGGGCAGCAGCGGCACGACGAGGCGCUGCUGCGCUCCGGGCUCACCGCAUAGCAGCAAAGACAGUCUGGCGGCAGCUGCAGCAGCAGCAGCAGCGUAGAGUGCUGGGCCGCCUGCAGAUGGAGGCAGAAGCAGCAGCAGCAGCAUCAGAAGCAGCAGUUGCUGCUAUCGAAUUCAGAAGGGGGUUUCCUCUGCAGCCUCCAGCAGCGCCACAAACGCGGUGGGGCUGCCUGCAGCUGCUGCUAUCUCUGCAGCAGAGCAAGAGCAGCAGCAGCAGCAGCAGCAGCAGCAAUACCGCUUUCGAGGGACGCAACCUACCGCGUCUGACCCUCAUUGCAGCUGCAGCAGACAGCAGCAGCAGCAGCAACUGCAGCGAGCAGCAGCAGCUGCCGCAGCCGCAGUGGGUUGAGGCCCUAGAAAUGCGGCUGGCGCUUCUCGUUGGCCGCCUUUGGAGCUCUCCGCUGUAUACGGGUACAAAGCUGCAGCAGCAGCAGUGGCAGCAGCAGCAGCAGCAGCAGCAGCAGGAGGGUGUGUCUGUUGCUGCAGCAGCAACAGCAGCAGCAACAGCAGCACCUGCCUGCCGGCUGCCUCUUCCUUACCUGGAGUGGUUGUGCGCCCAACUCGAUUUGCUGCUGCAGCAGCUGCUGCUGCUUGUGGGCCCCCGCGCCUCUACCCUGGCUGCUUCUCUCGUGCAUGCGUUUGCUGCUGCUCAUCAUCCACCUUGGGCCUACUGCAGCAGCAGCAGCAGCAGCAGCAGCAGCAGCGGCACGAGCGAAGGUGCGUUCACGCUGCAGCUGCUGGUGGGGUGUAUAGACAGCUCGGGGAAUCUGCAGCGGCUGCUGGAGGCCGCCCCAGACGAGCUGUGGAGGAGUGCCUCUGCAGCAGCAACAGCAGCAACAGCAGCAACAGCAGCAGCAACAGCAGCAGCAGCAGCGCCAAGUCAGCUCGUGUGCAGCAGAACGCUUGCACAGGAGGGUGUGUCUGUUGCUGCAGCAGCAACAGCAGCAGCAACAGCAGCACCUGCCUGCCGGCUGCCUCUUCCGUACCUCGAGUGGUUGUGCGCCCAACUCGAUUUGCUGCUGCAGCAGCUGCUGCUGCUUGUGGGCCCCCGCGCGUCUACCCUGGCUGCUUCUCUCGUGCAUGCUUUUGCUGCUGCUCAUCAUCCGCCCUGGGCCUACUGCAACAGCAGCAGCAGCAGCAGCAGCGGCACGAGCGAAGGUGCGUUCACGCUGCAGCUGCUGGUGGGGUGUAUAGACAGCUCGGGGAAUCUGCAGCGGCUGCUGGAGGCCGCCCCAGACGAGCUGUGGAGGAGUACCUCUGCAGCAGCAACAGCAGCAACAGCAGCAGCAGCAGCAGCAGCGCCAAGUCAGCUCGUGUGCAGCAGAACGCUUGCACAAGUGCUGCAGUGCAACAAAAUUCAGCAGCAGCUGUGGCGCUGCCUCAGCACCGCCCUGUUGAUGCAGCAGCAGCAGCAGCAGCAGCAAGGCUUCCAGUCCCUGCUGCCAAUAGCUGCAGCAGCAGCAAGCAGAAGCAGCACAGGCAUCGAUGGUUCUUCAUCCUCUUUAGGACUCCGAUGGACCUUGGGAGCAGCAGACAGCCGAACUCUAUUUCGCUGGCAAGCCCGGGUGUACAUGCAACAGCAGCAACAACAGCAGCAGCAGCAGCAGCAGCAGCAGCAGGAGACCUCGCGGGGUCUGCUGCUGCUGGCGGAGGCAGUGCUCUCCAGGUUUGCAGAUUGUGAGACGGACCAACGGCGCGAGCUGUUGACGGAGUGUUUGCUGCAGCUGCUGCUGCAGAAGGGGGAUGAGUCAUAUUCAGCAGUACGUUUGGCGGUGCAGCAGCUGAUGGCAGCAGCAGCAGCAGCAGCAGCAGCAGCAGCAACGAGUGACCCAGCAGCAGCAGCAGCCGGUAGCCUCAGCGCGGAUGGAGGUCACGAGAGUGAACUUCAAAUAGCGGACGUCGUUGCAGCAUUCAAAGAAGCUAUCUGUCUUGCUGCUGCUGCUGAGAACAGCAGCAGCAGCAGCAGCAGCAGCAGCAACAGCAACAGCAGCAGCAGCAGCAGCCGGCAAGGGGUGGCGCUCGGAUGGCAGCGGUUGCUGCCGCGGGUACUGGGCUAUGCAUGCAGCGAGACCGUGCUGCUGGAGUGUUCAACGCUUCAGGUCGCUGGGGUUUCUCCCCUGCAGCAGCAGCAGCAGCAACAGCAGCAGCAGCAGCAGCAGGUAGAAAGUCUGUGGGCACGGCUAGAGCGCAGCAGCGGCGGAGAGCUGCCGCUGCUGCUGCCAGGUGAGCUGCUGCAGUGGGUGGCGCUGGACUGUCUCUUCGAGGCUCACGAGCAGCAGGUGCUGCAGUGCAGCAGGGAAGCAGCAGCAGCAGCAGCAGAUACAAUUGCAGCUGUUGCUGCUGCUGAGCCAGGGCAGCAACACGCUGCGGUGGUGGAUGCAUGCAGCGCUGCAGCAGUGGGCUGUUUCCUCUCUGUUAACACUCUACAGCGGCAGCAGCAACAGCAGCAGCAGCAGCAGCAGCAGCAGCAACAGCAACAGCUCGAUCGUCAAAGAGUUGCAGCUACCGCUGACGCACUGGGUCGCGCUGCAGCACCUGCAGCAGCAGCAGCAGCAGCAACAGCAGCAGCAGCAGCAGCAGCAGUGGGUAGCUUCGCUCAGCAGCGUUGA